UCUCUUUCUCCGACACCCAAACUUUAUAUACAUAUAUAGAAAAAUAUACACACAGUCACACACACACACAUAUAUACACAUAUACGUAUAUACGUAUCGGUAUUGCUAUUUAAGUUUGUUUAUAAUAAAGAUAAACAAAUCAGAACCCAAAAAGAGGAAGGAAUGAGAGAAGAGAGAGAGAGAGAAAAUACACAGAAAGGAAAGGAAAGGAAAGGAAAGGAAAGGACUCAUACAUACUUUCUUCUUCUUCUUCUUCUUCUCUCUCUCUCUCUCUCUUCUCUUUCUCUCUCUACUUUCUCUUACCAAUCCUCCGUUUCUCCCUCCGUCGUCCACUGCGUUGACGGAGCUCUCAUUUCGGCGUUCUUCUCAGGCAUUUAAUUCUACCAGGGGCCAAGGAGAACGCUGAAGUGGAGUCUCUGUGCAGAUGUCAAAGUCUCCCUCUCCUGGACCAACUGUGCAGACACCCUUAUCUGCUUCUCGGCCUAGGAAACCAAAUGGAGCAACAGAAAUGGAUGAUCCAGAAAAAACAAUGUCUACAGUUGCUCGUCUCAUUGAGCAGCUACAUGCCAACGUGUCUUCAGCACCUGAGAAAGAACUUACUACAGCACGAUUGCUGGGUAUUGCCAGAGGGAGAAAGGAAGCAAGGACUCUUAUUGGUUCACAUGCCCAAGCAAUGUCUUUGUUCAUAUCUAUUCUCAGGAGAGGCACUCCCAUGGCAAAAGUAAAUGUUGCUGCAACGUUGAGCAUUUUGUGCAAAGAUAAAGACUUGCGGUUGAAGGUGCUUCUGGGUGGAUGCAUCCCACCAUUACUCUCACUUUUGAAGUCAGAGUCAAUUGAGGCAAGGAAGGCGGCAGCAGAAGCAAUAUAUGAAGUUUCAUCCGGUGGACUUUCUGAUGAUAUUGUGGGUAUGAAAAUAUUUGUAACAGAAGGUGUUGUACCCACCUUAUGGGAGCAGCUCAAUCUGAAAAACAAGCAGGACAAAGUGGUAGAAGGUUUUGUCACCGGGGCUUUGAGAAAUCUUUGCAGUGACAAAGAUGGGUACUGGAGAGCGACACUUGAGGGCGGAGGUGUUGAUGUUAUUGUGGGGCUUCUUUCUUCUGAUAAUGCUGUUGCUCAAUCCAAUGCAGCUUCUCUCUUGGCCCGUCUGAUGUUGGCUUUCAGUGAUAGCGUUGCCAAAGUAGUAGAUUCUGGAGCCGUCAAAGCCUUGCUUCAACUUGUGAGUCAGGGGAAUGAUAUUUCUGUCCGUGCCAGUUCUGCUGAUGCUUUGGAGGCUCUCUCCUCUAAGUCAACCAAGGCUAAGAAAGCUGUUGUAGAUGCAGAUGGUGUCCCAAUUCUCAUUGGAGCUAUAGUUGCUCCUUCUAAAGAGGUUAUGCAAGGGGAGGGUGGUGAGGCACUUCAGGGCCAUGCAACACGAACAUUAUCUAACAUAUGUGGUGGGAUGUCUUCUCUAAUACUGUAUCUUGGAGAACUGUCUCACUCUCCGCGCUUAGCUGCUCCGGUUGCUGAUAUAGUUGGUGCACUUGCAUACUCUCUGAUGGUCUUUGAGCAGAAAUCUGGUUCUGAAGAAGAGUCAUUUGAUGCGACACAGAUAGAAAAUAUUCUAGUAACACUAUUAAAGCCUCGAGAUAAUAAGCUGGUUCAGGAGCGUAUUCUCGAGGCCAUGGCCAGCCUUUAUGGUAAUGCCUCUCUCUCAAGAAGGCUUAACCAAGCAGAAGCAAAGAAGGUGCUAAUUGGACUUAUAACCAUGGCUGCUGCUGAUGUGCAGGAGAAACUGAUAAUGUCUCUGAUAAACUUGUGCUGUAAUGGGGUCGGCAUCUGGGAUGCCAUUGGGAAGAGAGAAGGGAUUCAGUUACUCAUGUCAUUGCUGGGAUUAUCAAGUGAACAGCAUCAAGAAUAUGCUGUUGAAUUGCUGGUUAUCCUGACUGACCAAGUUGAUGAUAGUAAGUGGGCCAUCACAGCAGCUGGGGGAAUUCCCCCACUAGUCCAAUUAUUGGAGACAGGAUCCCAGAAGGCAAGAGAGGAUGCAGCACAUGUUCUCUGUAAUUUAUGCUGUCACAGUGAAGAUAUUCGUGCCUGUGUAGAAAGUGCUGGAGCUGUUGCCGCGUUCUUGUGGCUUCUAAAAAGUGGUGGACCAAAGGGGCAGGAAGCUUCGGCUAAGGCGCUAACGAAACUUGUCCGUACAGCCGAUUCUGCCACCAUUAAUCAAUUGUUGGCUUUGCUCCUGGGAAAAUCUCCAACCUCUAAGGCCCACAUUAUUAAAGUUUUGGGACAUGUACUUACUAAGGCGUCACAAAGCGAUCUUGUGCAGAAGGGAGGUGCUGCUAAUAAAGGGCUGAGGUCUCUUGUCCAGGUUCUCAAUUCCUCUAAUGAAGAAACCCAAGAGUAUGCUGCUUCUGUCCUCGCUGAUCUAUUCAGCAAUAGACAAGAUAUUUGUGAUAGUCUCGCAACCGAUGAAGUUGUGAAUCCUUGCAUGAAGCUUUUGGCCAGCAAUACUCAAGUUAUUGCAGCACAGUCAGCUCGGGCCUUGGGUGCUCUGUCUCGUCCAACCAAGACUAAGCCUGCAACUAAAAAGUCUUAUAUUGCAGAAGGGGAUGUCAAGCCUCUGAUCAGGCUGGCCAAAACUUCUUCAGUUCAUGGUGCUGAAACUGCAUUGGCUGCUCUGGCCAAUCUUCUGUUCGAUCCCCAUAUAGCUGCAGAAGCGCUGGCAGAAGAUGUUGUUUCAGCAUUGACGAGAGUAUUGGGAGAUGGAACUUCAGAAGGCAAGAGGAAUGCAUCACGUGCCCUCCACCAAUUACUGAGGCAUUUUCCAGUAGGUUCUGUACUCACUGGGAAUGCUCAAUGUCGAUUUGCUGUUCUUGCUCUUGUUGAUUCCUUAAAUGCAAUGAAUAUGGAUGGGAGUGAUGCUGCUGAUGCUUUAGAAGUACUUUCAUUAUUGGCUAGGACAAAACAAGGUGUCGACUUCUCUUAUUCCCUAUGGUUUGCCCUCGCUGAAGCUCCGUCAAGAUUAGAGCCUCUUGUGCGCUGCCUGGCUGAGGGGCCUCCCGCUGUGCAAGAUAAGGCCGUAGAAAUCCUUUCUAGGCUUUGUGCAGACCACCCAGUUGUGCUAGGUGACCUGUUGAUUGCAAAAUCAAGAUCCAUUGUUGCCCUGGCUAAUAGAAUAAUAAACUCUACUACUUUAGAAGUGAGAGUUGGAGGGACUGCAUUGCUCAUUUGUGCUGCAAAAGAACAUAAAAUCCAAUCAAUGGAUGUACUUGAUGCGUCUGGAUAUCUAAAACCUCUUAUAGAUGCAUUAGUAGACAUGAUGAAGCAAAACUCCAGUUGUUGCGCUCAAGAAAUUGAAGUCAAAAGUCCUAGAGGUUUUGUGGAAAGAACCGUCUUCCAGGAAGGAGAUGAGUUUGAGGUUCCUGAUCCAGCCAUCGUCUUAGGAGGUACUGUUGCCUUGUGGUUGCUAUCAAUAAUCUCUUCGUUUCAUGCGAAGAACAAACUCACUGUAACGGAAGCUGGGGGACUUGAGGCCCUCUCUGACAAGCUUGCGAGUUAUACUGUCAAUCCACAGGCAGAAUUUGAGGAUACUGAAGGUAUAUGGAUAAGUUCCCAGCUUCUCGCUAUACUGUUCCAAGAUGCAAAUGUUGUCUUAUAUCCUGCAACCAUGCAUAUUAUACCCUCACUCGCGUUUUUGCUGAGGUCUGAUGAAGUGAUUGACAGAUUUUUUGCUGCCCAAGGAAUUGCUAGUCUUGUAUGCAAUGGAAGCAAGGGAAUGAAUCUUGCAAUUGCAAACUCAGGUGCAGUCACUGGGUUAAUAACCCUAAUUGGCUACGUAGAAUCAGAUAUGCCAAACCUCAUUGCUUUAGCUGAAGAAUUUUGUCUGGUACGAAACCCUGAUCAAGUAGCUCUGGAACACCUUUUUGAAAUAGAUGAUGUGAGAUUUGGAUCCACUGCACGCAAAGCCAUCCCUUUAUUGGUUGAACUUUUGAGACCAAUGCCAGAUAGACCAAGUGCGCCUCGAACAGCUGUUCGCCUCUUGACUCGUAUUGCAGACGGAAGUGAUACAAAUAAACUAAUUAUGGCUGAAGCUGGAGUUUUGGAUGCGCUGGCAAAGUAUCUAUCUUUAAGUCCCCAAGACUUAACUGAGGCCACUAUAUCUGAAUUAUUGAGAAUAUUAUUUAGCAAUCCAGAUCUUCUUCGAUUUGAAGCGUCAAUUAGUUCAUUGAAUCAACUCAUAGCUGUUCUGCAUUUGGGGUCAAGAAAUGCAAGAUUGAGUGCUGCUAGGGCACUGCAUCAAGUUUUUGAUGCUGAGAAUAUUAGAGAUUCUGAAAUAGCUAAGCAGGCAAUUCCGCCCUUGGUUGACAUGCUUAAUGCUGCAUCAGAGAACGAACAAACUGCUGCUCUUGUUGCCUUGAGCAAAUUAAAUGCAGGAAAUUCUUCGAAGGCUGCUCUGAUGACCUAUUUGGAAGGGAAUCCCCUUGAGAGUCUACGCAAAAUUUUGUUAUCCACUUCUUCGUUGGAAUUGAAGACAAGGGCUGCACAACUCUGUUUUGUUCUUUUUGCUAAUUCAAAAGUCAGAGCAAUGCCAAUUGCCUCUGAAUGCAUAGAACCCCUUAUGUCUUUGAUGCAAUCUGAUUCAGAUGCAGCUGUAGAAUCUGCUGUUUUAGCUUUUGAGAGAUUGUUGGAUGAUGAACAACAAGUGGAGCUUAUGGCAGCCUAUGAUGUUGUGGAUCUUCUUGUUGGUUUGGUUUCCGGGUCUAAGUAUCAGCUUAUUGAGGCUAGCAUUUGUGCUCUCAUUAAGUUGGGGAAAGACCGCACUCCCCGCAAGUUGGAUAUGGUCAAAGCUGGCAUUAUUGAUAAUUGUCUUGAGCUACUACCCACUGCACCCAGUUCGUUGUGUUCCUCUAUUGUAGAAUUGAUCCGCAUUUUGACAAAUAGUAGUGCAAUUUCUAAAAGUUCAGCUGCGACAAAAAUUGUAGAACCUGUUUUUAUGGUUUUGCUUCGUCCAGACUUCAGUCUGUGGGGACAGCACAGUGCGUUGCAAGCACUCGUGAAUAUUUUGGAGAAACCAGAAAGCCUUUCAGCUUUAAAACUUACUCCUAGUGACGUCAUUGAGCCUCUGAUUUCAUUUCUGGAAUCCCCAUCUCAAGCUAUCCAGCAGCUCAGCACGGAAUUGCUAUCUCAUCUUCUUGCACAGGAACACUUUCAGCAAGAUAUUACAACAAAAAAUGCAGUUGUGCCCCUUGUUCAGCUUGCAGGAAUUGGAAUAUUGAACUUGCAGCAGACAGCAAUAAAGGCAUUGGAAAACAUCUCUUUAAGCUGGCCAAAAGCAGUGGCUGAUGCGGGGGGUAUAUUUGAGCUUUCAAAGGUUUUUUUUCAGGAUGACCCUCAACCACCCCAUGAAUUGUGGGAAUUAGCUGCAUUGGUUCUCUGCAAUAUUCUACAUUUCAAUGCUGAUUAUUAUUUCAAAGUUCCUCUGGUAGCUCUUGUGAAGAUGUUGCACUCAACACGUGAGAGUACAAUUACAGUGGCUCUUAAUGCGCUGAUUGUUCAAGAAUCAACUGAUACUUCAAGUGCCGAACUGAUGACUGAAGCCGGUGCUAUAGAUGCGCUGUUGGACCUACUAAGAUCUCACCAGUGUGAAGAAGCAUCAGGGAAAUUACUUGAAUCUCUAUUCAACAAUGUGAAGGUACGAGAGAUGAAGGUUUCGAAGUAUGCAAUAGCACCUCUGGCACAAUAUCUGCUAGAUCCACAAACUAGAUCGCAGUCUGGUAGGCUUCUUGCGGCUCUUGCUCUUGGCGAUCUCUCCCAGAAUGAAGGACUUGCCAGAGCCAGUGACUCUGUUUCUGCAUGCCGUGCACUGAUAAGUUUGCUUGAGGAUCAGCCAACAGAAGAAAUGAAAAUGGUGGCAGUUUGUGCAUUGCAAAACUUUGUCAUGCGGAGUAGAACUAAUAGGCGAGCUGUUGCGGAAGCAGGUGGUAUAUUGGUAAUUCAGGAACUGCUACUGUCUCCUAAUUCAGAUGUCGCUGCACAGGCAGCGUUGCUCAUCAAAAUUUUAUUUGUAAAUCACACACUUCAAGAAUAUGUGUCAAAUGAGCUUAUCAGAUCUUUGACAGCCGCUUUAGAGAAGGAAUUAUGGUCAACUGCAACUAUAAAUGAAGAGGUCUUGAAAACCUUACAUGUCAUAUUCACCAACUUCCAUAAGCUCCAUGCUUCUGAAGCGGCUACUCUCUGCAUUCCCCAUUUGGUAGCAGCACUUAAGUCUGGUAGUGAGGCUGCUCAGGAAUCUGUAUUGGACACCUUGUGUUUGUUAAAACAUUCAUGGUCAACUAUGCCAAUUGAUAUAUCAAAAUCUCAAGCGAUGAUUGCUGCUGAAGCCAUCCCCAUUUUACAAAUGCUUAUGAAAACAUGUCCACCAGGUUUCCAAGAUAGGGCAGACAGCCUGUUGCAUUGCUUACCAGGUUGUUUGACUGUGACUGUUAAGCGUGGAAACAACCUAAAGCAGGUCAUGGGAGGAACAAAUGCUUUCUGUCAAUUGACGAUAGGCAAUGGUCCACCACGGCAAACCAAGGUGGUGAGCCACAGUACUUCUCCAGAAUGGAAAGAAGGGUUUACGUGGACCUUUGAUGUACCGCCAAAGGGACAGAAACUACACAUCGUAUGCAAAAGCAAGAAUACUUUUGGGAAGACGAGUCUCGGGAGAGUGACCAUCCAAAUUGACAAAGUUGUGAGUGAAGGAGUAUACAGUGGACUCUUCAGCCUUAACCAUGACAGCAACAAAGAUGAGUCUUCACGAACACUCGAAAUUGAGAUUAUCUGGUCCAACAGGCUAUCUGACGAAAGCGUGUGAAGGGUUAUGAAAUUCUUUCUAUGAAACAAAUGUGCUGAUAGAAGUCAGUCCCUGCAAGCAUUUGAAACUGAUCAAAGCGCGUAAACUAAUAAUGGUUGCAACUCAAUGACAUGCCGGGAGGUUGGUUGGUUUAACUGUACGUAUCCAUUUCCUUUGAAGUUCCAUUUUUGUAGCUUUGUAAGAUUUUGCUGCCUAAAGUGUAAAAUAUAGAAGGUGAAGUUAAUGUCUGAGGUGAGAAAAAUGCUGGAGGAAUUGGGUUCCCAUGAUAUGUAGGGAACUUCAAAUCUGUUCACCAGUUCCUUGUACAGGUCAGUCUGUAGGUGCUAGCUGUGUAAAAAUGUUACGAGAAAUCGACAUAAGAAUAGGAUUGGAAGGAUCCUUUUCAAAGAAAGUUCUUCUAUUGUAUUCCUGGCAACAUUUUUACAAAUACAAGUUACCACUUACAGUUCAAUAA